GUCAGGGUGGCCCAAGUCCACCAAAUCAUGGGAAUAUUCCAUGUUUUGAGGAUUAUCCCACCGAGAUAAUCCUCACCGGGAAUGUCCUUCCUUGCAGGAUCCAUCCAGAUGGAUCUCAACAGGAUGCCCAAGCCUGCCAAGACGGCGGAGAAGUGUUCCCUGGAUCUCCUGGAUGAUUCCCUGUCCUCCGGCCGCUUCGUGUCCCUCUUCGAGCAGAAAACCGUCAAAGGCUGGUGGCCCUGCAUGGCUGAGCAGGACCAGAAGAAGAUCCUGGCGGGCAAACUGGAGAUGACUUUGGAAAUCGUGGCGGAGCAGGAGCACGAGGAGCGUCCAGCUGGGAUGGGCCGGGAUGAGCCCAACAUGAACCCCAGGCUGGAGGAUCCCAA